CAGGUGUCCACGCAAGUUGGCGUGAUACGGAGUGCGGAUGGUAUCUCGGAUAGUGUAGACACUACGAUCGCCGCGGGCAUGGCUCGCUAACCCGCCUGUCCGAUCGCCUUCGCAGUGGGUUCCCGGGCGCGGGGACGCAAUAUAGCCGGCCGCCCCGGUUCCCGGUUGAAUGGGACGAUAGAUUUCCCAGCAAUGAGUAGCAGCAUCGCUGCGCAUACAAUACAUAAAGCUCUCGACGGUGCUCCCCGGUGUACCGCCGGUGCCUGGCUGCUCACCGCCGUGUUCAUCCGCCCAAGCAAACAGAGUCACCUUCAUGAUGCUUGUUUCGUUCAUCCUCGCUGGCGCAUCGGCUGCCCUGGCCACGUCGAACAAUGGUGGUUUCCAGACCUUGGUCACGUUCGGCGACAGCUACACCGACAAUGGUCGUCUGGGGUACUAUAUCAACAACGGCGGAAAGGCCCCUCCUCCGGGAGUGUAUCAUCCUGUUACCAACACCACCGCCAGCGGUGGGCUGUCCUGGGCUCAGUACGCUGCCCAGGAUGCCGGCGCCAACCUCAUGGACUACGCUGUUAGCGGUGCUGUGUGCUCUAACGAGGUUUCACCGCGGUGGCUCGACAUCAUCAACAAACCGUUCCCCGCCGUCCUUGAGGACGAGCUGCCCUCCUUCCAGGCCGAUGUGGCAUACAAGUCACUCUAUCCCCACCGCACAGCCGCCAAUACCGUCUACGCUGUCUGGAUCGGAACGAACGAUCUGGGCUUCAAGGCCUUCCUGUCAGACUCGCAGACACCUGGUAAAACCAUCAGCGAUUUUGUGAGCUGCGUCUUCUCCGUGUUUGACCACAUUUACAAGACCGGAGGUCGGCGCUUCGUCCUGCUCAACACGGCGCCGCUCGAGCUGGCUCCCUUAUAUGCCGAACCCGACAACGGAGGAACCGGCGACAGCCAAUUCUGGACCGACAAGACGCAGUACAACAUCACCGAGUACGGCCAGAAGAUGAAGCAGUACGCGAGCAGCGUCAACACCAUGUACGAGUACGGCGUGCCCGUGCAGGUGGCCCUCAAGAACCGCUGGCCCAAGGCGACCUUCGACAUCUUCGAUGUCCACAGCCUGCUUCUGGACAUCUUCGACGAGCCGGCGAAGUACCUGGAUGCGCCGCGCAAUACCUCCGGCUACUACCACCACUGUCCGCCGGCCGGCAGCCCCUGUGUCAACCAGCCAGGCUCGCUGGAUGGGUAUCUGUGGUACGAUGAGCUGCAUCCGUCCAACAAGACAAGCUCCGUCAUUGCCAAGAACUUUCUCGACGUUGUCGCUGGUAAAUCGAAGUACGGGACUCGGUAUUAAUGAUCAGAACGCC